CCGUUUCCCGCCAAGAUUCACGCCGGUCGUACCUUAUCGUCGUCGUCGUACGUGUCGUGUAGGCUAGAAAGCAUGAUUCGGUUCGGUUGGGCUUUUUUUCAUCGUUAUAAACUUAAAAAGUUUCAUGAGUUUUAGUUGAAACCAAGAAAUGUUACAGUGUAGUGUGAGCAUUUGCCAGAAAUUUCUGUAUGUAAAGUUCUCUUUUGUUUCGUGAUCGAUUCAGUGUGUUAUUCACGAGAGUCCCAUCCAACCUACACGUGGUUGAAGCAAAGCAGUUAAAUCAUGGACAAGUUGGAAAUAGCCCAGGAUUCUCCUAUACUGCAUCUUUACAGGAAGCAAGGCAUAGGGGUUUUUGCCUGUUUAAGAUUUUCAAUCUUUCCACGCUAAACAGAGACUCUUCAGCUGGAUGGUGCCAGCGAACAUCAGUCUAAAGUCUAGGCUUCUCCAUUAUGCAGCAGCUGAAGUCGUUCCUACUUAAUCCAGAUAUGAGCGAGUAUCUGAUGAAGUGAACAACCAAGCAAGAUUAUCCUAAAUUUGAAAUAGAGGAACAUGCACAAUAAAUCUAGGAUGUCAACAUGAAAAGGAAUGUUCAAAAUUUUUAUUUACACCUGAUAGAGAAUCUCCACAUCAUCAAAACAAAACAUUCACCAGCAUUCAGUAAAACUGGGUGUUGUGAACUUUUCAGUACUCAGCCGUCAGCGGCACCUAGAUUUGGAAGAUGUUCUCCAUGUAAACGACCAGGCCACCUAGAAGUCACUGUCAAAGAUCUUGCAUAUCAUGCCAAAAGGAAUGGAGAAGCAUAUACUCAACUCCAGUAAGUCAACAGUGAAAAGGAUCGUUCCAGAUAUUUACACCCCUGAUAUCUCUACGCCAUCAAAACGAAACAUUCAUCAGCAUUCACUUAUUCUGGGAAACAGUGUUUUAGAGAUUUAAUAACAUCUGCAUCUGGAUUUGAAGAAAGUUCUCCACGUGGACGACCGUUCGACCGAAAAGUCAUCGUCGAAGAUUUUGCAGGAAGAUCUGUCUGGCUUCCGUGUUGAUGGGAGUUAUUGCCGAGCCGGAAGCGGAAGCUGCUUUCGAUCCUACCAAUUAUCCAAAGACAUCUUAUCCAGCGGCUUACAGCCAAAAGUACAAAGGCGAAAAUGAUUAUUGCCAUCCACGAAAGGCACCAACCUGCUCGAAAAACGGAACCCUCACAUUCUGUGUCAAAGACCCCGAAUAUCCGGAAAAGGAAGUUAAGUACGCCAUCGACUACGACCCGUUGGUGUUGAAGAAAUACGCCGAUGUUGCCGAUCAAUCGGCCGAUAAUUUGGUCGAUGGACUGACCUCUUUGUCAGAAAAACAUUUCGACUAUUCCGAAUACCACGGCAAGACCUUUGACAAGGGCAACUGGAUUGGGGGUGAAGGAUACAUCUGCCCUAGCGACGUCGUUUAUGCUCGCCCACUCCGAGCAGUGAAUGUCGAUGGAGAAUGGCGGGUCAUCGUCCAAGAAAACGCCUGGCCCGGAUACACCCAGACUCAACGCGUCGAAACUUGUUUGUUCCCCGGUGCAUCUUGUCGCACCUUGGCCCCUUGUUUCGGCAGCAAAUGUCUGCAAAAAUAUGUUUACCAGCGGAUGCUUUCCUUCGAUCCUUGCGAUCCCCAGAAGGGAAUCUUCAUCGACAUCUACAAGUUGCCAUCGGCCUGCUCUUGCCACAUUCCCCAACACGAUUUAUAAUUUAAUUAAGACCUUAUAUAGAAAUGUGAGAUCACGUCAAAGUUAUGCGAUAGACAUAUUUAGGUAAAGUAUAUUAAUGCAUAUGUGAAAUCACGAUAUAGUAUUUCGUAAAAUGUUCAUAAUAAAAACGAACUUUCAAAUUG